AUGCGUCUUCCACUCUCGACCAUCUUUUUGCUUGUGGCUGCCGAAACCAUAGCGGCAGCGCCAUUCCAGCCCGCAGUUCCAAAGGAACAUGCAGCACUGUCUGAGGCUUCUGCUUCUCAGUCUCUUGUCAAGCGUUAUCAAAGCUUGGAAAACGGGCUGACAUUCGAUUCUGGUCUCUCAUUCGACCGCACUACGGUCCAGUCCGUUACACUUUCAGAAGCCAACGAUGGACAGGUGCCUCCGAUCGGCCUUGUAUAUUCUGCUGGUCUGGAUGCUGAGAGAGCCAUUAUGGCUACGGCUGGGACAAAUGAAGGUACAUUUGCAACAGGGUCCCUCUCGGUCGGCGGCGUGAACUUCUGGUGGACGAUCAACACCGGCCGGUAUUGGAAUGUUAAUGGUCUGCUUCAUCAUACUGGUACCGAUGUUCUCGCGACGAUGAUGGCGGACGCAAUCCAGACCAUGGCAGUGGAGGAUAAUUCAGAAAUAUCUUGGACACUCCACAACACCGAUCCGGACGGCGAAAAUAGUUAUAUGGGCAAAAUUGCUGAGAAUGGAGUCACCGCAAAUGGGGAAGAACCUAUCCGUCUGGUUCAUGUCAAAACUGGUCCCUGCAAGGAGCACAAGCUCUGUGGGGUCGGCAUCGAUUUGACGAAGCUUCUCGCACCACUCCUCAACAAAGCCAACGGCGGUGAUUACUUCAAAACCAUGGGCGUUAAUAUCGUGCAGCAUCCGACCAAGCCAUGGGUCAACUGGUCGAUUGCGCGUACCAUGGAGCUUAACAAAACCCACAUGGUGGGGCCUGAUCAUGAAAGCCACAGCACAUCGCCCGCAUCUACGAGCAAUGGAAGGAAUCCGGCAAGAUACACCUUACGCAAUUGCCCUCGACGCUCCUCCCAUCGCCGUGAUGGCUCCAGCAUGCCUCUUCCACAAGGAGUCACGGAAUCUGAAUAUGUUGGCGCUAUAUGCGGUGAAGCAGAAUUAUGA